UGGUUCUCUGAGUGCGGCCUGUUAACGUCGACUGCCAGUGCAACAACGAUCCAUGCGGACUAUGAGUUUGAUUGCUCGCCAACUAUGUUUACGAGUGUCAGUGUCCCCGUGUGUGUCGUUUGGUAUGUGCGCGUGGUCUGUAGGGCGCGUAAUGGAUGGGACCUUCUCGACACCACGGAUCAUGGAGUCGAUGUUCUCGACACCACAGACCAUGAGUCCCGAGACGCACAUUCGCUUGGCAGAACCGUUUCCUCCUUGUGCGAGAUCCGUGCGGCAUUUCAACGGUGUGACUACGAUCCAAGGGUCGAACGCAGAGGAAUUCGAGGAGGACCCCUGGAUGGCCAUCGUCCCGUGCACAGGCAGACGUUGACUUCAUGGUGUGUUGUUCGAUUUGCGUUGUCGUUCGCAGACAGUAUGUCUUCUUCCACGGGCGAGGUGGAGCCAACAGGGACCUCCGGGAAGGAAUCACGAAAAGAUUCCACGAGGAGGUCGUCUACUGCCACGCAAGGGUGGUCGAACCAUUCGAGGUCGAAAUGGUUCAUCGACUGGUGCUGUGGAGACGCUUCCAACCCCACUGCGCAGCCAUGUGGUCCUGUCAUCUUCAUCGAUGACAGCAGAAGGCGUAGAGUGCUUGGUGCCGUCUUGCGGUGGGAGGACACAAAGGGGGGCCGGCGACAUUUCUAUAUGCAAAAAGUUUAUGGCGCCAAGAGCAACGUCGUUGCCAAUUCGAAAGGGACGUUGUUGGACCUCGAAUUGUGUGAGGGGUUCGGAGCGGGUGCUGUGAACACCCCGUUGUACAGAGAACUUGUUCUGGGGGGCGGUUUUGUUUUGGCGCGUGAAUUUUUCAACAUGUUGGAGGACAAAAACAUCGCUCUAUAUGUCCCCUGCGACGUCAACCCAUCCCUGGAGCUGUCGUUGCCGUUGAAGCUGUGCAGCGGUUGCGAGUCAAGCAGGGCAGCGGCGAAGGGCGGUGAUCUGGGUUCUGGUCCCGCCACUCAGCUGCACCGUGGCGAGAGCCAAGGUCAGUUCGACGACAGCGAGGAUGAGGGGACUUCUCCGCCAUUGAGUGACACGCGGCGGUCUGUGUUGUCUAUUCCUGGGGUUCAGACUGAUGCUCCGGUUCAGCGGAAGAGUACGGGGCCUUCAGUACAGGUGGCGGCCUAUUCGAAGGUCGACUUGGACGCGAGCGAGGGACAGGGUGUGGAGGAGGUGGACGCAGGAGAUCUGGGCUCGCAAGGAGCUCCGCAAAAGAGGAGGGGGAAUCGUCCAGACGAGUUCGCCGGUUCUAUGAAGAAGUUAAAGAGCAAGGCCCCCAGGACUGUGGGGGAGAACCGGAAGGGGACCGAGGGGGAGCAGGGCCGGCAGGUUGCCAAACGACCGUCUUCGAGACAGAAGCAGCCUGAGUCUGGACCGUCUUCUCCACCGACAACAGGGACUCCCAUCGACGUCGAUGCCGGGUACUUCCUCGAGUACAAAGACGGCGUUCGGACAAAGCGGGAGUUCGACAUUAGCCCUGCGCAGGUCGUCGACCUCGGGGACUGGGAGGACCUGUACAACCAGCGGUCCCUGGAUCCCGUGCUCGUGGAAGGGAUCAAAGAAGCGAUGUGGUUGGCGUUCGAAAACAAAGCGCAGUCUUACGAUGUACCCACCCUGAAGUUGGCGCCGCUGGGGCUUGAUAAACCGACUCCGGGGACCAAGGCAGAACCUCUGAGGCCGGAGGAUUGGAGGGAUGAGCUGGCGGGACAAUACUACUACUACGCGGUAUUGCUCGGACACGACGGCGCAAAGUGGAUCAUGUGGAAGAAGAAAGUAAAAAACGUGAAGCCUGGGGUUGCAUACAUCCAUAAUGACAAGCUGGGCAGAAAGGAGGUCGUGUACAACGUCCCUGUAGACCCGCCGACAAAGAAAGGCAAAAAGGAGAAAGAUGAGGGCGAGUGCUUCGUGCAAGUGCUAGAGCCAGACGCGCAUUGUUGGAAAAUGAUGGAGUCGCUGACAGACAACGAGAAGUGCCGCGUCCUGAAGAAGGUGCUCGCUUGCGAGGUGGUUUGGGUACAGGUCGGCUCCCCAGCGUUCGCGAAGCUCGGAAAGCUGAGCGUCGAGGAGGUGGUGAAUUUGGUGAAGUGCAACCGGGUGCUGGUGCGUCUGUGGAACUACUACCAGUUCAAGCACGACAAAAGGCCGGACGCGGAUUGGAGCCAGAGGUUCCCGUUCCUGAAAUCAAGGUCCGCAAUUUUCAGACAGUUUGAGAGUCGUGGUUUGGAUGCUGAGUUGUGGGACGGGAGCACGAAAUACACGCUCGUUGUUUUUGUCCCGCGGCAGCAGAACCUCUCAUUUCUGGCCAGCAUGAACCAUCUUUCUUUCAUCAAACUGCUGGAACGGAAGUGGGUGAGGAGGAGUCAACGAAAGAAAAGCUUCCCCGUCGGGAACAAUUUGUACACGGAAGACGACCGGAUGUACAUACUCUUCAAAGGCGACGAUUUGCGGGCCAACACGUCCGUCGUCUACGAGGGGAAACUGCCGGCAGGCGCCGCUGCUGCAGUGCGGGUACCACAGAGAGUUACGCAAACGGAUGAGUCCGACAUCCCGUUCAACCCUUGCGACUGGUCGCAUACCUCGCCUGCACGUCGGGGCAGUGUGUACGGGGACAUGGAACGCAACCCCGCGCAAUUCGUUCAGCUUCUCGAAUCCGUCACCAAGAAGGGGGAGGGUGUCGUCUUCCUCGGGAAGCCACACGCGYGGUCAGUCUGGGAAGUACUGAAGGCAGGACGGCACGUCAUCGCGAUGGAAGGGAACUCCGAGCCCUUGYAAUUUACAAUUGAUCUCGUCAAAAGCGAGGUCAAUUCGGGUGCCCACAAUUGCGAGUUCAUGGUCRUCACCGAGACUCGAGCUCGCGCGUGGAACAACAAGACGGACAUGUGGUUCAAGUUGAGUGCGAGGAAGCGGAACAAGAUAUACGACUUCUUGUUCCUGCAAACGCGGCUGAAGAGAGACACUGACGCCGAGUGCGUGCACCGCAAGGACCACAUGUUCACGUUGCUCGACAACUACCACGGCGCCUCCCUCAUGAAUGCGAAGACCUUCCUCGAGAGGUUGCAGUCCCUUUACUUCGUGGAGUUAGAGGAGGAGCUGACGUUCGGCAGUUACUCCUCCUUGAUCUCCACGGAAGACGAGGAGACCACCGGCAUCGAGUUCGUCGCGACCGCAGAUGAGGAGGGUCCGUCGACAAGCCCAACAUCCCUCGUGUCACCGAUGGCGAAACCGGCGCCUGGCACUACCCCGAUGAAGUUGCUGCAGAGAAUGCAAGCUCUGGCUUCCGGCCAUCGCUCACUGGGUCCCGGGUCUGACAUCCCGCCCGAUCAUCUGUCUUGGACGAAUGCCAACAUUCACUUCCUGCCUGAGCCUCAAAGUCGUUCCACGGAGGCGGACUGGGGCCAUGACAUGAUUUGGCAUCCAGGAGUCAUCCAGCCGGCGAUCCAAAAGGGUGAGUGGAUCGUGGUGGUCGUUGUCCCGGACGGAGGAUGGAUGCCACUCCCUCGCGGGUCGAAGUUUGACUUCCUCGACGUCGCUAGAAUUGCGGUCCUCCAGAAAGUGAGGGCCGAGAAUGACUCUUUCGCACCCGAAGACGUGUCCGUCAUUUCCACAGUCGGGCGAUUGUUCGCCGAACUUCAGGACAAGUGGUGGUUGGAGCUAACGGAGGACUACUACGACCUCGACACGAGCCCCUCGAAAGGAAGGGUGGGCUGGAAAAUCCCCCCUCCCAGUGAGACGCAUGUAAGUACAGGGUCCCGGGGACCAGACGGUGGGGAGAACGAGGGCGACGAGGCUGGGGGCGGCAAACGAGUUCCGGGGCGACAACACGAGGGCGACGAGGCUGAGGGCAGGUCUCAGGGCGACACCACGACAGCGGAAGGCAGCGGCGGGGUGGCGGGGGAGGCCGCGUCAGUAGUCUACCGGUCCCAGGCGGGAAGGAUCGGCACUGUCGGCGGACGUGCCCAGUUUAUCCGCCUUCUCCGUGAUGGCGGCCUUGGUUGCUCUCCGUGCCGGCUCGGUCGAAACGUUCAAGUCCGCCGGUAUCCGAACUUCAAUGCUUGCAGAGCGGACAAAGAGGACGGACGCGCAGAGCUGGUCAGGACCGGGGGUGGCGAGUCGUCAUCCCAAAAUAGACAGCGGUGCGGUGAGGGACGGGACUUCGCCGCCCGCGGGGGAUCGCCAACCGCUUCGGUCGGAGCGAGAGGAGCGUGUGGAGGGCCCGGCGACAGGGAGACGACGAAGUUCGCUGGGAUCCGAACUUCUUCAGGCAAGGCGUGUGGAGGGCCCGGCGACAAGGAGACGGCGAAGUUCGCCGGAAUCCGAACAUCUUCAGGCAAGGGGUGCCAACCAGGGAUAUUGGUGCAGGCGGGAGGGGCUGCGUGCGGCGGGCGGGAAGCGCAUUUGUCGAAAAUCGACACGGGUUCGGGCGAAGUGGCUGCAUUUCAUGCAGAGGAAGAAGGCAGGGUGAUGGAAAAAGAGAAGGAAGUGGAGGAAGGAGACACAAGGGAGGAAUUGGAGGAAGGAGGGGAUGAAGGGGAGGAAGAAGAGGAUGAAGGAGAGGAAGGGGAAGAAACGGAGUUGGCUGGGUUGCUAGGAGGGCAGGAGGGGGAAGAAGGUGAACUCGAUACAGAAGACGACGAAUGGACUUUCGGCGACGAUGAUGACAGAUCUGGGGAGUCGUCUGACGGAUUCGGGCAGCUAUACGGAGAACACCGCGAGGAAGACGACGACGACGAUGACACGGCACUGGGUAUGGAGACACAGGUGGUCACAAGCCUUUCGGCAGAACGUGAUGACUAUGAUGUCGAAGCAAUGACGUCAGCCGUCGAUCUCCAACACCGGUUUAAUGAAGCUCGUGUAGCAGUCUGCCUGACUAAGCCGAGUGUGCGUAUUGACAUCGAAGAAGUUAUCGACGGCAUCCUGGGCGACCACCACAUGUCCGCGCAGUCGUCCUCGACGCCUGGUGUCGACGACCCUCUCGACGCCAAACCUUCCGAGGGAUCUGUCGUCGAUUUCUCGCCGACGAACUCUCCGAUGCUGCCGCCGACCAUCGCCAGCGGAGGAGAAGGCGGGAUCGGGGGACGACAAGAUGUCACAUCCCUGAAAAAAACUGUCGCCGGCACUCAAGCUCUCGACGUGCUGGCCUUGCCCGCGCCAACUUCGCCGAUUAAGGACAGGAGAGACAAACCAGCUGUGCGGGCCACGACACCUGGAAUAGCAGUGACUGCGAUUGGAAGCUUGCGGGUUUUGGACGACAUUGAACGAGGCUUGGUGCCACCUGACACUGUACUCUCGACCCUCCGCGAUGGUGCACUGGUGAAGUGAUAUAUCCCUUUGAUGAUCCGACAAGUGGUAUCGGUGAAAGACAUUUUAGGGGCAGCCACACCCUCGCUGCAUGAAGCUUUUGCCUACCUUCUAGUCGUGCAAUCUACUUUUGCGUGUUAGCUUCCUCAGUACAAGAGCUCUACUACAUCCUAUAAAUACUUGCAUGAAUGCUAACGGAGAACGGAUGCUAAUAUAGAUUCCACGGCCCCUUCCUCCGCCAUUCUUCUUUCUCCCAUUAGCAGUUGCCCAACACCCUCCUCCCUCCCCCGUGCCCUUAGAGGUCAAAUGUUCAGAAAUAACCAAGUCACUCCCACAUGGUCAAAAAAAUGGAAGUCGUGAUGCGGGCGGGUAUCUGGAUGAGGACAAUUAUACCACAUGAAUGAUGAAUUUGUGGGGUUACUUCCAUUUUUUUGACCAUGUGGGAUAUGRACACACACACAACAAAGGGGUUAACCUAUGAGUUGACCGGCCACUAGGUCGAACCCUCGGGCUAUGACUGAGCCUAGUCCCAAUCAAGCUAAGCUAGUAAG